UGUCUCUCUUACCUCCUUGAUGUUCGGCACUAUUUGUGGCCGGCGUGGUGGAAGGACACAGUGAGGUUCUCACCCCCGCCCCCCGCCCCCCGCUCCCAUCCCCAGUUCCAUCAAAGCGAACCCAGGCCAGCGCAAGGAUCUCCGAGUUGCGAGUGUGCUGAGGCUGGGACUGUCACUCAUUCUCCGAUCAGCGCGUGAACGCAGCUCCGCAGCCCCUGGCAGGAAACAAUUCUGCAAAAAUAAUCAUACUCAGCCUGGCAAUUGUCUGCCCCUAGGUCUGUUGCUCUGCUGCCGUCCACAGUCGCUGCAAGGGGGGGCACAGAAUUUACCGCGGCAAGAACAUCCCUCCCAGCCAGCAGAUUACAAUGCUGCAAACUAAGGAUCUCAUCUGGACUUUGUUUUUCCUGGGAACUGCAGUUUCUCUGCAGGUGGACAUCGUUCCCAGCCAAGGAGAAAUCAGCGUUGGAGAAUCCAAAUUCUUCCUAUGCCAAGUGGCGGGAGAUGCCAAAGAUAAAGACAUCUCCUGGUUCUCCCCCAAUGGGGAAAAGCUCACCCCGAACCAGCAGCGCAUCUCCGUGGUGUGGAACGACGACUCUUCCUCCACCCUCACCAUCUACAACGCCAACAUCGACGACGCCGGCAUUUACAAGUGCGUGGUCACCGGCGAGGACGGCAGCGAGUCCGAGGCCACCGUCAACGUGAAGAUCUUCCAGAAGCUCAUGUUCAAGAAUGCGCCGACCCCACAGGAGUUCAGGGAGGGGGAAGAUGCUGUGAUCGUGUGUGACGUGGUCAGCUCCCUCCCACCAACGAUCAUCUGGAAACACAAAGGCCGAGAUGUCAUCCUGAAAAAAGACGUCCGAUUCAUAGUCCUGUCCAACAACUACCUGCAGAUCCGGAGCAUCAAGAAAACAGACGAGGGCACUUAUCGCUGUGAGGGCAGAAUCCUGGCGCGGGGGGAGAUCAACUUCAAGGACAUUCAGGUCAUUGUGAAUGUGCCGCCCACCGUGCAGGCCAGGCAGAACAUCGUGAAUGCCACCGCCAACCUUGGCCAGUCCGUCACCCUGGUGUGUGAUGCUGAAGGCUUCCCAGAGCCCACCAUGAGCUGGACAAAGGAUGGAGACCAGAUAGAGGCUGAGGAAGACGACGAGAAGUACAUCUUCAGCGACGACAGCUCUGAGCUGACCAUCAGGAAGGUGGACAAGAACGAUGAGGCCGAGUAUGUCUGCAUUGCAGAGAACAAGGCCGGCGAGCAGGAUGCAUCCAUCCACCUCAAAGUCUUUGCAAAACCCAAAAUCACAUAUGUAGAGAACCAGACUGCCAUGGAAUUGGAAGAGCAGGUUACUCUCACCUGUGAAGCCUCGGGGGACCCCAUUCCCUCCAUCACCUGGAGAACCUCCACCCGGAACAUCAGCAGCGAGGAAAAGGCUUCGUGGACUCGACCAGAGAAGCAAGAGACCCUGGACGGGCACAUGGUGGUGCGUUCCCACGCCCGCGUGUCGUCUCUGACCCUGAAGAGCAUCCAGUACACGGACGCGGGAGAGUACAUCUGCACGGCCAGCAACACCAUCGGCCAGGAUUCCCAGUCCAUGUACUUGGAAGUGCAAUAUGCCCCCAAGCUCCAAGGCCCUGUGGCGGUGUACACUUGGGAGGGAAACCAGGUGAACAUUACCUGCGAGGUAUUUGCCUUCCCCAGCGCCACCAUCUCAUGGUUCCGGGACGGUCAGCUGCUGCCAAGUUCCAACUACAGCAACAUCAAGAUCUACAAUACCCCAUCCGCCAGCUACCUGGAGGUGACCCCAGACUCUGAAAAUGAUUUUGGAAACUACAACUGUACUGCAGUGAACCGCAUUGGACAGGAGUCGUUGGAAUUCAUCCUUGUUCAAGCAGACACCCCCUCUUCCCCAUCCAUCGACCGGGUGGAGCCGUACUCCAGCACAGCACAGGUGCAGUUUGACGAGCCAGAGGCCACGGGCGGGGUGCCCAUCCUCAAAUACAAGGCCGAGUGGAGAGCAAUGGGUGAAGAAGCGUGGCAUUCCAAGUGGUACGAUGCCAAAGAAGCCAGCAUGGAAGGCAUUGUCACCAUCGUUGGCCUGAAGCCGGAGACGAGGUACUCAGUGCGGCUGGCAGCCCUCAACGGCAAGGGGCUGGGUGAGAUCAGCAUGGCCUCCGAGUUCAAGACACAGCCAGUCCAAGGAGAACCCAGCGCACCUAAGCUGGAAGGGCAGAUGGGCGAGGACGGCAACUCCAUCAAGGUGAAACUGAUCAAGCAGGACGACGGCGGCUCACCCAUCAGGCACUAUCUGGUCAAGUACAGAGCGCUGUCCGCCGAGUGGAAACCUGAGAUCAGGCUCCCGUCUAGCAUUGACCAUGUCAUGCUCAAGUCCCUCGACUGGAAUGCUGAGUACGAGGUCUACGUGGUGGCUGAGAACCAGCAAGGAAAAUCCAAGGCGGCUCAUUUUGUGUUCAGGACCUCGGCCCAGCCCACAGCCAUCCCAGCCAAUGGCAGUCCCACGUCAGGCCUGAGCACAGGGGCCAUUGUGGGCAUCCUCAUCGUCAUCUUUGUCCUGCUCCUGGUGGUCGUGGACAUCACCUGCUACUUCCUGAACAAGUGUGGCCUGCUAAUGUGCAUUGCUGUCAAUCUGUGCGGGAAAGCCGGGCCCGGAGCCAAGGGCAAGGACAUGGAGGAGGGCAAAGCUGCUUUCUCGAAAGACGAGUCCAAGGAGCCUAUCGUGGAGGUUCGGACCGAGGAGGAGCGGACCCCGAACCAUGACGGAGGGAAACACACAGAGCCCAACGAGACCACGCCACUGACGGAGCCCGAGAAAGGCCCUGUAGAAGCAAAGUCGGAGUCCCAGGAGACAGAGACAAAGCCAGCGCCAGCCGAAGUCAAGACGGUCCCCAACGACGCCACACAGACAAAGGAGAACGAGAGCAAAGCAUGAUGGGUGACGGGAACCGAGCAAAGAGCAAAACAAAAAGUGACACAGCAGCUUCACCAGAGCAUUUCCAAUAUCACACGGACACACACACGCACACACAGACACAUCUCAUUCCUCUAGCGUCUUUUGCCUUUAAAAAAAAAAAAAAAACUAAACAGAUAAACACGGGAUCCCCUUUUUGUAGGUCUAUAGAAAGGGUUCCUCUGUUGCGCACUCACUUGUAAGAAAAUGAGACAAAAAGGUUAAACCCACAGCCAAACUAGGACACUCCGUUCCCUGAAACCAUUUAGGAAUCAAACAAAAGGACCCCGAAUUAAGAAUCUAGGAAGCUCAGAAAAGAAAAAAAAAAAAAAAGAUCUAGGUUCAGGAAGACCACACUUGGUGUUACUCAAUUGGCACAGACCAGUUUCAGAGAAGUACUUUCAGGCACUAAGACAGACCGAAUGAACAAAGUCCACAGUUUAUUUUUAUACUUUCAGUCGAGUUCGAACUCUGUAAAACCUCAUAAGUAAGUUAUAAUUUCUGUUCACUUUGUAUUUGUUCAGUAUGCAAAGUGUGCCACCCUUUCUAGCUGAAUUCAGUUCCCACGUAGACUCUCGUUUUGUAGGAAGAAUGCCAAAUUGCAGCUUCUGGGGGUAGAUCUCAAUUUGCAGUAUUCAGACUUCUUGGGUUUUUUUUCUUUCUUUCUUUCUUUUUUUUUUUCCUUUUUCUUUCUGCCAACUUUGUUUUCAGUGUUUACAAUUUGACAAAUGUUUGACUUCAGUUGUGUUGAACUGUUGGGUGUGAAACAGCUGCCUUUUUGGUUUUGAAUACACCUAACAAACACCGCCUGGAGGUAGGUGGGAUCAUCUCGGGCUUGCUUUAGGACAGCCUUGUAAACUGUUUACAGUGGCUCUUCCCCCAUCCUGAUCUGCGGUUUUUGCCUGCGUCCAGCUCAGGUGAAAAUCCAUCUCGUUCCACGCUGGUUUUGCUUUAGAUUUUUGGUUCUUUUUGUUGUUGUUGUUCCUUUGGGGGUUAGACCACUUCCCCAUUAGCCGCCACCUGCCUGCAUGUGUGAAAAAGGCGUCCUCACCCCCUUCCUUCUGAAGGACUCCUUAGGCUUUGUUGAAUGAAGCGGAGAAGAUUGUAUAGUUGGGGCUGGUCUUGGUGAUCACACAUUUUUACCCCAAACAUCCCCUUUUGCGUAGAAAGCCAAAUAAAACACACACAUCCCAUUUCCUUUUGAGCCCAGAAUCUAGAUUUGAGCGGAAGACCACGUGUGCUUCAGGGAAUUAGUGUCUUUUUUUGGAAAUCUGUUGAAGUAAAGUAACAUCGGCCUUCUGUUCACUUAGGCAGCAUUUAUAGAAACAAAAGAAAAAAGAAAAAAGCAACCUGUCUGGAGUCAUAACACAACUUUCCUGGAUUGGAAACCAAGUGGGGGGAAAAAAAAAUACAGAAACUUUUAAGGGGGAUGGGAGGGGGGAGAAGGGAAAAGCCAGCCCUUUGUAUAGAAAUUUUGCUUUUUUUUCUCAUUCUACUUUAGAACUGCAAGCUUGUGCACUGUGGAUGCGUGACUAUUUUAGUGUGAAACGUGUUUUUGUCAUAGUAUUGAAAUAAAACUUCAACAUAGUUUGGUUGUGGAAGGUAUAGCAGAUAGUUCAGAAAAAUAUUCAGGAAACAAAAAAUAACUCUUAAAAGGAAUCGAAGCCUUUAAAUAAAGAACACGAAAUACAAAUGAUGAUGGUGAUGACACUAAGUAAGCAGACAUCGGUACUCUGGCAUCCGUUCCUUUCCUAAGGUACACAGCAGCAAGAGGUUAGAGUGGCAAGACUGCUCCUGAGGCCAUUCCGAGGGCCACACUCCCCAAGGUUCUGACACUUCUGCAGUCUGAUCAGUGGAGAUGCUAGGUUAUAAUUUCAAACUGUGAAACACAAUGGUCUUGUCAUUUGCUAAAUGUGGGGUUAUUUUGCAUUUUCUCAGCUCCUGGGGAUGGAAAUGGAGGAUUCCAGAAUACACAGCCCUGGCCCCUUUGAUUCUAGGACCUGUGCAGAUUCGCCUUCCUAAGGCACAGGCCCUCAGGAAAAGGCACCAGGAAGACAGAUCUUAGGGAACACAGCAGAACAUGAGAGACAGGGAAGGCCCAGCAGUGAGCGGCGGGCUCUUCUGUACAGUGGAACCGGUCCCUCAUCUUAAUGAUGGUGAUGGCUUUGACCAACCAGGCCAGACCUCAUCAAGACUGUGCAGCGCAUUCCAGGUGGCUGUGGUUAGGCAAACUGAUUCUGGUUCUGACGGUUAGGAAGAGACAGAGGUAUAGUCAGCCCUCGGACAACCUGGCCCAGGGCAGCUGAGCCCCCAGAACCCCGGCUCCACCGUUAGCUGGAACCCAAGACUCCACCCACACUUGGGUCUCCCUCUCUCCCUUGACACAAAGGUUUAUCUCCGCCUGCAUGAGUUUUCCUUUUUAAAAAAUAACGAAACAAAACAAACAAAAAAAUCCACAAUACUUUCUCAAAAAUCAAAAGAGGGAGUCAUUUUAUUUUCAAAAUGUUCUAUCUUUUAUGUUAAGAGAUAAAAGCUUAUAAUCUUCCUUUUUUAAUUUUUGGAAGGAGGGAUCAACUCCACUAGUUUCCAGUGUCUAUGUGUCUAUAUGUGUAUGUGCCAUACAUAUGUAUUCACAUAAAGACCGGCAUGGCCAAGUUCAGCUAGAGGGGCCACAAAUGCGCCCCCCAGGGCCUCCCGACCCUGAAGGGCGGUGGUGUACAUAGUGCAGCUUCUGAAGGGGAACUGUAUUUUCACACUUUUCUAUGGAGCCUUCCAAGUCCCAGGUUCUCACUCUAGGCUGUCUGUCCGGAUGGUGGUUUCAAACCUCCCUUAACAUCCCUACCCAGCAUUCUGUACUUUGGGGGCCUUCUCUCUUGUUAUAAAACUUUUUACCAAGUGAAACAUCAGUACCACCUUUGUUUCCAUUCUCACUGGUGUAAAUACUGAGUACUAACUGAGAAUUUUGACUUUGCAUUCUGUCAGAAUACUUGUGUUCAAUAAAAAUCAAAAGAAAAAA